AGACACCCAUUUGCAGAUGUUCCAGUGACUGCACCCACGUUGAAGAGUCAGAGCUUUCAGUUUGGUUAGAACCAGGCUCUCCCUGCAAUGAUGGAAACUGACAGACUACUCACAAAUGUUUCUGACUUCUUGUUUGAGUAUGACACCCCUCGGAUGGUAACCAUCAGAAACAAAAGAAUUGGGUUAAUUUUUCGAUUGAUCCAGCUAGGAGUGCUUGCUUACAUCAUUGGAUGGGUUUUCAUCUACGAGAAAGGCUAUCAGUCCACUGAUUCCACCAUAAGCUCCGUUUCAGUUAAAGUGAAAGGCAUCGGCUUCACGAACCUCUCUAAAAUUGGCCCGCAGAUUUUGGACGCUGUUGACUAUUCCUUCCCAUCACAGGGAUCAGACUCCUUUGUUAUAAUGACCAAUUAUAUUGUGACCCCGAGGCAGUCCAUGAUGCACUGUACACAGCUUCAAAGUUCCGAAAAGUGUGAAUCUGACAGUGACUGCAGGGCAGGAGAGUUUAGCCGGUAUGGACAAGGCAUAAUGAGUGGGAAAUGUCGAAACAACACUGCAGGAAGCAAGACGUGUGAAAUCUUUGGAUGGUGCCCAGUCGAAGAUGACAGCAUCGUUUCAAAUCCACCAUUGUUGAUGGCUGCAGAAAACUUUACUAUUUUUAUCAAGAACGCAAUCACUUUUACAGCCUUUGGUGUUUCAAGGCGGAAUAUAGUGGAAUCAGUAACCAAAGCAACUCUGAAAAAUUGCACCUACCAUAAGGUCCGUGAUCCUCUAUGUCCCGUGUUCCGUUUGGGAUACAUUGUUGAAGAACUUAAAGAGAAUUUCACUGCCUUGGCGUAUAAGGGUGGUAUGAUCGGGAUUGUGAUAGAUUGGAACUGUGACCUGGAUUGGUCAGAGAAAUACUGUAAACCCAAAUACAGCUUCCAUCAACUCUACGGGGGCAUAGGCAAGGAGCAGGUGUCAGCAGGAUUUAAUUUCAGGUAUGCUAAAUACUACAAGGAAAAUGGUGUGGAAAUGAGAGACCUUUACAAAGUGUAUGGAAUUCGAUUAGAUAUUAUGGUUCAUGGGAAGGCUGGUAAAUUUAACAUCAUUCCAACCAUGACAACUAUUGGUUCUGGAAUUGGGGUGUUUGGAGUGGCAACACUCGUGUGUGACCUGGUAUUGCUUCACGUUCUCCCAAAACGUAACUACUACAAACAAAAGAAGUUCAAGAAUGUUGAAGGAGAAUCCCCCACAUCAAAACCAGCAGAAACCAAAGAGUAACAAAGGGAGAACAUUCCUUACCAUCCAGAAGAGACUCUGAAACAGAGUGAGCGCAGACAAGAGAGUUGGACCUCAUUGACAUAAGGCUACAUCCCUUCCAAACCAACUGACAACACUGCGCAGUAACAUCCUUGAAGUCCAGAUUGCUGAAUAACUGAACGAGGAAGGGACACUGUUUCUUCAGAGAACACCUCCCCAUCUUUUACAGAACUUCAUAAGGGACCACUCCAGUCAUCUCCACAGCAGCUGAACAGUCAACAAGGCCCCAAGCUGGACAUCGCCAUCAUAGCAACAAUUUCUUCUAGGAAAUGAGGCAGCUGGUACGGGCACACUCACUGUACAACAUUCCAUAUAAAGCACUGCUCUUUGUCGCUGGGUUAGAAGUGUCCAAUUGCUUAUCUUAGUGUUCACAGCCAUGAGAAAUUAUGCAACUUGUUUUUAAUAAAAAAUUCACAUCAAC